AUGCAUAUUUCAGAGAAGCUCGCCCAGAAUGAGGCGGCCGGGAGGCCCGGCAUCUCAUUCGAGUUUUUCCCUCCCAAGACUGCUCAGGGUGUGCAGAAUCUCUACGACAGAAUGGACCGCAUGCACGCGUUGGGACCCUCUUUCAUUGAUAUCACGUGGGGUGCCGGUGGCCGGCUAUCGGACCUGACUUGUGAAAUGGUCAAUGUUGCCCAGUCGGUGUAUGGCUUGGAGACCUGUAUGCAUCUGACUUGUACGGACAUGCCGUUGGAAAAGGUAGAUGCUGCGCUUCAGUCGGCAUACAAGGCUGGCUGUACCAACAUUCUCGCUCUUCGCGGUGACCCUCCCCGUGAGAAGGAGAAGUGGGAAGCCACCGACGGUGGGUUCCGCUAUGCCAAGGAUCUGGUCAAGUACAUUCGGGAUAAGUAUGGAAACCAUUUCGAUAUCGGUGUGGGAGGCUACCCCGAGGGCGCCGACGAUAAUCCGGACGUCGAUCUCUUGAUCGAUCACCUGAAGGAGAAAGUGGAUGCUGGAAGCUCGUUCAUCGUCACCCAGAUGUUCUACGACACGGAUAACUUCAUCAACUGGGUUAAGAAGUGUCGUGCCAAGGGUAUCAAUGUCCCUAUCAUUCCCGGUAUCAUGCCAAUUCAGACGUAUGCUGCCUUCAUGCGACGAGCGAACUGGACCAAGAUUCGAAUUCCGCCCGAGUGGCUCGAGGCGCUGGAACCGGUCAAGAACGACGACGCGGCUGUCAAGGAGAUCGGAAAGGGAUUGAUUGCGGAUAUGUGUCGGAGGUUACUCGCUGCGGGCAUUAACCAUCUGCAUUUCUACACCAUGAACCUCGCUCAAUCAACCCAGCUUGUUCUGGAGGAAUUGAACCUCACGCCGUCCGAGGAGACUCCGCUCCAAAAGCCUCUGCCCUGGCGUCCGUCGCUUGGACUCAACCGUAGAGGCGAAGAUGUCCGUCCGAUCUUCUGGAGAAACCGCAACUCUUCCUACAUUGCCCGCACCCAAACAUGGGACGAGUUCCCCAACGGUCGCUGGACCGACUCGCGAUCUCCUGCAUUUGGCGAGCUCGACUCUUAUGGCAUCGGCCUGAAGGGCACGAACGAACAGAACAUCAAGCUGUGGGGAGAGCCCAAGUCGAUUCGCGAUCUCGCCCAUAUCUUCGUCAAGUUCAUGCAGGGCGAGUUGGCUCGGCUGCCUUGGAGUGACACUCCCAUCAGUGGUGAAGCCAACGCAAUUAAGGACAAGCUGAUCGAACUCAACAAGCGAGGUCUCUUCACCAUUAACUCCCAGCCUGCUGUCAACGGCGCUCGUUCCUCCCACCCCGUCUACGGUUGGGGCCCGAAGAACGGCUUCGUCUAUCAGAAGGCGUACCUCGAGCUUCUCGUGCCCCCUUACCUGCUUGACGAGCUGAUCGCCCGCAUCGAGAAGAACGAGGACCUCACGUACCACGCUGUCUCCAAGACCGGUGAACUGCGGACCAACACUCGUGAUAGCCCCAAUGCGUUGACCUGGGGUAUCUUCGCGGGACGCGAGGUUGUACAGCCUACCAUCGUCGAAACCAUCAGUUUCUUGGCCUGGAAGGAUGAAGCCUACCGUCUGGGAGAAGACUGGGCCAAGUGCCACGAGGCCGGCAGCCCCAGUAGGAAGUUAAUCCAGGAUGUCAUGGACAACUGGUACCUGGUCAAUAUCGUCAACAACGACUUCCACAAUUCGUUCAACCUCUUCGAAUUGUUCGACGGCCUGGACGUCAAGGACAUCGACACCGAAAUAGCUCCCGAACCCAAGCCUCAGGAAAACGGCACUCUCAACGAGGCCACUAACGGAGCCGCCCUAGAGGCCUCCGUGAGAAACUAA